GAUGACAUGUUUGAAAUUCCCCGAGGAACCAAAAAUUUCAAAUGAGGCUAGGGAUCUCAUCUGUCAUUUGCUAUGCGAUGUGGAAUCAAGGUUGGGUACUCGUGGAGUCGAAGAAAUAAAGGCACACCCAUGGUUUAAAGGGGUGAAGUGGGAUAUGCUGUAUGAAAUGGAAGCUGCGUAUAAACCCGUUGUUACUGGAGAACUUGAUACUCAGAAUUUUGAAAAGUUCCCUGAAGUGGAAGAUCUGUAGUCAGCUGUACCAAGAGUGGGACCCUAGAGAAAGGUAAUAGUUAUUGUUUUUAUCAAUUAGGUGAUGUAUAUAAUAAAGAAAGCAUUGAGUUUUCUUAUGCGCUCAUAAUGUAUCUCAUUGGU